AUGGCGUCCAACCUCGUCCCGCCCGCAGAGGUGAUGCUGCACGACGUCCCCGAGCCGGGGAUGCACCACGACCACGCGACGCUCGACGACGAAGAGCACGACAAGACCCGCAACUCGCACCCGCUCGAAGUAUACCUGUACCACGCGGCGAUCGAGCGCGCGCGCGAGGACCGCGACCCGCGCCCGAUCCCCGACGCGCCGUGGACGGUGCUGAUCAAGACGCUCACUGGGCGGCGGAGCACGAUUGUGCACCCGCACUCGCCCGCGCCGGCGAUCACGAGCAGCGGCCCGUAUACCGAGGAGGGGGGCCAGCAGCAGUACGCCGUGGAGAAGAAGGGGCAGGUUGGCACGGUGCAGGUCGGCGCUCCGGACGCGUUCGACCCGCUCGACGACGUCGCCGCGCAGAAGGAGACGGCGUACCGCCUCCUCCGGGUCGCGUCGUGGCAGAUUGUGUUUUAUCUCAUCACGACCGACAUCCUCGGCUUCUCUAGCGCGCCGAUGGCGUUCGCCGAGCUGGGCUACGGGCCCGGCGUGCUCGUCUACACCUUCUUCUUCAUCCUCGCCUUCUGUUCCGGCCAGAUCCUGUGGCGCAUGUACAUGGGCCUCGACAGCGAGCGGUUCCCCGUCACAUGCUACGCUGAUCUCGGCGAGCGCACAUUCGGCCCGUGGGCGCGGCACGUGUUCAACGUCCUGCAGAGCCUGCAGCUGAUCAUGAACGUCGCCAUCCUCAUCAUCGGCAACGGCCAGACGCUCGCCACGAUCAUCAACUACAAGUUCUGCUAUAUCGUCCUCAACGUCUUCUGGGCGCUCGCCGGCAUGAUCGCGGGCCAGAUCAAGAGCCUGCGCAACUUUGCCUGGUUCACAAACCUCAACAUCUGGCUCAACCUCGUCGUCAUGGCCAUCACCAUGGCCGGCAUCGCGCUGUACGCGCCCGUCCCGAGCCAGUCCAACCACACCGACCUGUCCCAGCCGAUUAUUCGUUCCGGCUGGGUGCCCUCGUACACCGUCGGCUGGUUCGAGCAGGUCGGCGGCGUCCAGCUCGCCGUGUUCUCCUACGGCGGCGCAAUGAUCUUCACAGAGUUCAUGGCCGAGAUGCGCCGCCCGCGCGACUUCUGGAAGGCGGCAUUCUUCAGCCAGCUCUUCUGCUACCUCAUGUACAUGUUCUUCGGGCUCUUCUGCUACAGCUACCAAGGCCAGUACACCUCCAUGCUCCCCUCGCUCGACUUUGACAACACCAAGCUCCAGCUCGCGUGCAACAUCAUCGGGCUGGUGUCGACCGGCGUCGCAGCGGUCCUGUACGCCAACAUCGGCGUCAAAGUCUUCUACCAGAACGUGAUGCGCGAGUACUUCCGCGCGCCGGCGCUCACCUCCCGCCGCGGCGCCGUGCUCUGGAGCGUCACCGUCGUCAUCUACUGGGUGAUCGCGUGGGUCGUCGGCUCCGCCAUCCCCAACCUCAACUCGCUCGUCACGAUCGUCGGCGCAGCGUGUAUCCUGCAGUUCACGUACACUUUCCCGCCGCUCCUCCUCCUCGGGUUCUGGAUGCAGCACGACGCCAUGGCCGCCGACGAGCCGUGGCAGCCCGGCAUGGAGGAGUGGUCCGGCCGCGUGGACUCGUGGCGCCAGAUGUCCCGAUGGAAGCGCGGCUUCAAGCCCUACUGGUACGCCAAGACCUUCCUCUUCCUCCUCUUCCUUGCCGCGCUCGCGCUUGCCGGCCUCGGCCUGUACGCCGGUAUCGAGGGCGCCAUCCAGGCGUUUGCGAGCAGCUCGACGACAUCGUUCAGCUGCCACGCCCCGGGCCAGCCCUAA